CUGUAUGUUAUUCAUUACAUGUACAUCCAAUCAAGAUAAAUAUUAUGUCUUAUACUAUCACACAAAAUUUCAGUUUUUAUCGCAUUUUCUGCAAUAAUUGCAUUUUGUAUUUCAUUGUUAUGUUUAGUUUUUGUUUUGCACUUGCAAUGUCUAAAGAUCCAUUACAAAACUUAUCGUCAACGUCUUUAAGUUACCCUCAUUCUCUCUUCACUGCUUCCACGGUUAUCGGUUAUCGUAUCCACUUAUUAAAAGUUCCUUUCAUUUGUUGAAUGGAGCUUUUCGUUUAACGAAGACUAAACUUUAAUUCGGUGACGCAUCGAGCUUCUAGAUUGCAGAUUGUAACGACUUCAGGAAAUCCCCGGAUUAUAAAUUCCACUUUUCGGCAAAUUCUCUAUUUUCACUUUUCAUCAAAAUACCAAAAAGCAAUAAAUUUAGUGCCCUUAUAAUGCAAGACCAAACAUCUUCAACACCAAACUUUGCACCUAACAACUAUCCGUUACAACUUGGAGCAAAACUCCUUUCAUUCGCUGAGGACAAAACAUUUUCCGAUAUUUGUAUAAUUUCUUCCGAUAACGUGCAAUUCCAUGCUCACAAAUGUGUCCUUUCGGCAUUCAGUGAUUACUUCAUGGUGAUGUUUACAGGUAGCCUUAAGGAGGCAAAAGCCAGUUCGGUUAAAAUCCACAAGGUAAAUGGAAACAUUUUCAAACUCUUGUUGACUUUUAUGUACACUGGACAAAUUAAACUUGAAAACGACACAAUGGAGGAAAUGUUCAGAUGGGCGUUCUUCUUUCAAAUUCAUCCCCUAAUCGCUAAAUGUAAACGCUUCAUGGAAAAUAAUAUGAAUGCUGAAAAUUGUCUAAGCAUAGCCAAUUUUGCUAUUCAACAUGACAUGACUGAGCUAUUUGAGAAAGCUUCAAAGUUCGCAAGUGAACACUUUGAAAAUGUAGCUAAAUAUAAAGGUUUUCUAAAGUUGAAUAAUAAUACAUUGCUUAACAUAGUUUCGAGUGCAGAUCUUUGUGUGACCACAGAAGAAGCAGUUUUUUUAAACCUCAUCAAAUGGAUCAAUUACGACAAACCGAACCGUGAGAAAACUUCUUUCAACUUGAUUUCCAAAAUCCGAUUUAAGCAAUUAAAUGCGGACUUUAUCAAAGAGCAUAGAUCAAAGCUUCCAUAUCAACUAGAGUAUAUGGAAUUGGUCUGUACUUGGCUUGAAUAUCACCUAUCUUCCAAAAAUCGAAAUGAUAUGAGAGGAGUAACCAUUAAACGACCAAAAGCAGGUGGAAUCACUUUUGUUGACCGGCGAAACAAUAUGAAUCCUAACUCAUUUAACUCAAACAUUUGGACUCGCGAGGAGGCUUCGAAACUACCACAUCAGUUCUAUGACAUCAUUGGCGUGGACCAUGAAAUUGUUUUUUCGUGCGAAGGUCAUUGCCUUGCAAGUUUUAAUCUUUACAACCGGGAAAUAAAGCUUUUACCUCCAAUGAAAGUACCACGUAAAGGUUAUGCAUUGGCAGUACUUGAAAAAUGCAUAUAUGUCGUCGGUGGCUAUAACGACAAAUAUGAAUGGCAAAAUGUUGUUGAACGGUUUAAUUUAAAUAGACAUAUUUGGGAGGAUGUAACUCCAAUGAAUAACAUACUUGUGUCACCAAAAGCAACUGCUUGUAACAAUCAGGUGUACGUAGUGGGUGAUGAAUCCCUAACUAUGGAAUGCUUUGAUUCUAUGAGAAGUGUAUGGACGUCGACAAGUUUCCGUAGAAACUGUAGAUUAUCCAAAAUGGAAAAUCAACAGAAGUCGAUUUCAGUUUUGAAAUCUAACAAAUUUGCAUCGGAAUUAAGUGAAAAACUUUUCUCGUUCAGUGAGAACAAAACAUUUUCCGACAUUUCCAUAAUAGCUUCUGACGAUGUUAUAUUUCAUGCCCACAAAUGUGUCUUAUCGGCUUUUAGUGAUUAUUUUAUGACAAUGUUUGCAAGUGGUCUGAAAGAGGCACUAGCCAAUGAAGUUAAAAUCCAUGAGUUCAACGGAAAUAUAUUGAAACCGAUAUUGAAGUUUUUGUACACUGGGCAAAUUAAGCUUAACAAUGAAACAAUUGAAGAAAUUUUGAGAGCGGCCAACUUUUUCCAAAUCCAACCAUUAACCAAUGAAUGCUAUGAAUUUAUGGCUGAGAAAUUGGAUGUGAAAAAUUGUUUGGGCAUAACAAUUUUUGCCGAUCAAAAUGGUUUGAUUGAACUCUUUAAAAAAGCCUCAAAUUUUGCAAGUGCGAAUUUUGAAAAAAUUUGCAGCUGUAGUGAUUUUCUCAAACUUGAUGAGGAUCAAUUAGGAGCAAUAGUUUCGAGCGAAGACCUGUGUGUGACUUCGGAGGAGAAAGUCUUUUUCAAUAUCAUUAAAUGGAUCAAUUACGAUAAGGAAAAUCGAGAAAAAAAGGCCUUCAACUUGAUUUCCAAAGUACGUUAUUGGCUGUUGAGCUUGGACUUCAUCAAGCAACAUAGAUCAAAACUCCCCCAUCAGGUGGAGUACCUUGAAACGGUCUGCACUUGGCUUGAAUGGCAUUCCUCCCCCGAUGGCCGUCGAGCAAUGAAGCCAAUGGAAUUUUCGAAACCCAGUAAGCCUCAUGGACUAUUGUUAGUUGGUGGCGGAGGAAUACAGACUUAUGAUGCAGAAUUGAAUAUUUGGUCUUUUGAAUUCAUUCCGAAACUGCCAUUUCGAUUUGAUAAGAUUGUUGCCCUCCAGAAUAAGCUUAUUUUGUCUUGGCUCGAGAAACCUCUAACAUGCUUCGACCUUCGAACGCAAGCAGUCACAACCUUGCCCCGAAUGCAUAUUCAGCGUCGUGGUUAUGGAUUGGCUGUGUUGAAUAAUGAAUUGUACGUCGUCGGUGGCCAGAAGUAUUUAUCACCUUGGAAACGAGUUGUCGAGAAAUAUAACUUCUCUACUGAAAAAUGGUACGACGUCGCUCCUAUGAAUACAAUAUUUUCCUCGCCCAAAGUUGCUGUAGCCAAUGAUAAGUUGUAUGUUGUUGGCGAUAGAUCAACCACCAUGGAAUCGCUUAAUCCUAGCACAAAUGAAUGGACAUCGAAUCCAAUUGCAGAUUUACCUAAAUCAGCAUUUGGAUUUACAGAGGUGGCUGGAGAUCUAUACAAAAUCGGAGGAGCCCAAUACGGCGACACGAGGUACGGAAAAGAUGUUUAUUUUAAAAGCGUUCAGAGCUUUGAUACUUUAAGUUGUGUUUGGACUCAGAGGGCACAAAUGAAAAUAGCAUUAGCUGAUCCACAUUGCAUAUCAUGGAACAAUCGUUUGAUAACUUGUGGUGGUCGCGAUGAAACAGGCACUUAUCUUAAUUUGGUCCAAGAAUACAAUCCGAACUCAAACGAGUGGAGAACUUUGGCUCAAAUGAUCGAAUAUAAUUAUUCAAACGAAUAUGCUCUUAUUGAAUUAAAUUAAACAAAUAUAAUCUUAAAAGUACAAUAUUCAAGGUCUGCAAAAAUUCAAAUUUGUAAUCGAUUCAAAUGAAAUUGUUUUAAAAUAUGGAACUGUUAAGGGUAUAUUUAACCAUAUACUCACAAGACGCACUGAAAUAAUGUUUUCCAAACUUGAACUAUUUCUACCUAAACGAAGCCGGAUGGGUC